AUGGCACGACCUCUUGGACCAGUCCGCCUCAAGAAGGCGAACCCUCUCACUCUUGUGUUGGGGGCCGCCUUGUGUAUAUUCAUCGUCUACUUCCUCGUCGGCCCCUCUGGGUCUCCCUCGACCUCCGCGACGAAACCCAAGGCCGCGUCCCACCCCCUAUCGCCUCCAACCUCUCCCUUUCGCAAAACACCGGCCAAAUCCAAUGGCAAGGUAGCUCCGCCACCAGUUGCUCGCUACAACCUGAACAAUGUGACCAUCACGAGCGACCCCAUUGGCAACAGAGAGAGCAUCCUCAUCCUCACCCCGCUUGCUCGGUUCUACCCGGAGUACUGGAACAACUUGCUCAAGCUCUCCUACCCUCACGAUCUCAUCACGAUUGGCUUCAUCAUCCCUAAGAACAAGGAGGGCAAUGCUGCGACGGCGGCACUUCAGGACCAAAUAACGAAGACCCAAAAGUAUGGUGCUGAGAAGGACCGCUUCAAGAGUAUCGUUAUCCUCCGUCAAGAUUUCGACCCCCCUCUUCUCUCCCAAGAUGAGAGCGAAAGGCACAAGAUGCAAAACCAAAAGGUCCGUCGGGCGGCUAUGGCCAAGGCCAGGAACUCGUUGCUCUUCACCACUCUUGGUCCAGCUACUUCUUGGGUCCUCUGGCUGGAUUCCGACAUCAUCGAGACUCCGUCCACCCUGAUCCAAGACCUGGCCAAGCACGACAAGCCAAUCAUCGUCCCCAACUGCUACCAGCGAUACUACAACACCGACACCAAGCAGAUGGACGCGCGACCUUACGACUUUAACAACUGGCAGGACAGCCCUACUGCCCAGGAGCUCGCGGCCAAGAUGGGCCCUGACGAUAUCCUUCUCGAGGGCUACGCAGAAAUGGCAACUUACCGUGCCCUCAUGGCUUAUAUGGAACCGGAGACCACCAGCAUCGACGAGACCGUAGCUUUAGACGGUGUUGGUGGCACCGCACUGCUUGUCAAGGCUGAUGUCCACCGCGACGGAGCCAUGUUCCCGCCUUUCGCUUUCUACCAUCUCAUAGAAACAGAAGGAUUCACCAAGAUGGCGAAAAGGUUAGGCUGGCAGGCCUUUGGCUUGCCAAACUACAAGGUAUGUCACACGUCCUACCAUGUCACUGCUCCUGGCGCGACUUAUGUGGCCUGA